GAAAUUGAGUAUGCCAUAGUUCCCGGAGAUGGAAGUAUUAAUGAUGGCGCAACCAGAUUUGCACUUCCUAUCACUUCAAGAGGAGAAAUAGUUGUCAGCAAUCCUUUAGACUUUGAAUCUGUUUGGUCAUACACCCUGACCAUUUCUGCAACAGACAAAGCCAGCAAUGUUGCAGAAAGGAAACAGACUACCACCACCAUCACAAUAACUAUAAAUGAUGUAGAUGAUUUAGGACCCAAAUUUGUGUAUUCCUCCUGUUUUAAUGUCAACAAUGUUUGUUUUAACCCAACUUACACAACAAGUGUCACAUCUGGAUCAACGGCUGGCACACUUGUAUUUAACCCAGUACCUGUGGUUCCUGGGAAUCCCAGUGCAGCGGUUGACAUCAUUGCAGAGGACAGGGACACUCUUAAUGCUCCAAUCACCUUUACAAUACGACAAACUUUGCCAGCUGGAUAUGAGAACAGAUUCAAAGUGACCACACAACAAGUUUCUGGCUCAGCAAGUCAAUAUCGAGCUCUUGUAAGCCAAACUGCAUCAAUUGAUAGAUCCCAAGUUUCUGAGCUGGAACUUUUCAUUGAGGCUCAAGAAAAUGUAGCAAACAGGUACUCCAACAGAGCUACAAUAAAAUUAUCAGUUGCUGCGGCCAACAACAAUAACCCCGUGCUUAGUGUACCUUUCCAAGGAUACAUUAACGAAAAUUCACCAGUAGGAACCAUACCAAGGGAUAACGAUGGAUCUAACCUACUGAAAAUCACUGUUACUGAUCCAGACUUAGUAAGAUUAUUUUCAAUUGCAUGA